GCUGAAUCAAUCGCACAUGCAUACACAGUGACGGAUGGACGCUUGGCUCGCUUCAUCAGACAGAUAAUGACAUACAUACAAGUGUUCGUCUCGCGAUUCGGGUCAGCUGAUGGGCGGUUGCUGAUUGAAUGGGUGCGGGUGAGCUGGGCUCAUUUGUGCAGGCACUCCCGCGGCGCCCAGCAAGGCAAAAUUGAAUGCGUGGAUGCUGACACACCAAUUUGGCCUUGCUGUACUAUGCAUGAGUGGCAACCCCCGCCAUCUCAACACACCGAAUCACCACCCAUUCAUUUGUCUCUUGACAUACGCAAUCAUUUCCACGCGGCCGUCCAUGCUGUGUGUGAGCUCCUCUUUGCAGGGUGCGGCCUCACUACCAAGGAGGUCCUAGCAAUGUGACGCAUUGCCAGGAUCCUCGUCAAGUGGUGAUGCAGCAUCCCGCCAGGAAGAGCCCACACACGCAUCACACCGCAGGCAGACAGGCAGCAUCACACAGUAAAUGACAACACAUACAUUCCCUCGUGUGUGCGUCUAGGUGACGCAGAAAGAUGAACAUGCGAUAGAUAGAUACACCAGCAACCGAAAAGCCCAAGACGUGCACAGAAGAGCCCCGCCAUACAUUCAUUCAGUCAAACGCCCCCCGCCUGCCCGCCUCCAUCCACCAUGGCCGCCCCUGGCGGCGGCUGAUGCGCUACAGACGCCACAGAUGCGUGCAUCCUCGGCGAACCAUAAGCUCCCGGCACCAUCUGCUGCUGCUGAGGGUCCACCAUCGUCGGCCCUGGCCCGGGCGGCGGAGGACCUGGAACAAUCGGCGGACCAGUGACGAUCGGAGGGCCGGCGACCGCAGCUGUCGGUGGCGAGGAGGGGUACAUGACAUGGUAGGGCGCGGCACCACCACCACCAGCAGCAGCGGCAGCCAUGAGUGGUGGCUGCGGGUGGCCGCGCGCCGCGGGCAUGGGAGGGCUGAAUGUGCCGUGUUGGUCUUCGAGGAGCCCCCGUGCGUCGUGCUCGUAUGCGGCGGAGGCUAGGGAGGGGGGCAUCUGCAUGUGGUGUGGCAUGCAACACACGUAUGGAGAUGGAGAUGUGUCGUGUUUGCCUUACAGGCGCGAUGAAGAAGGCCAGCAUGAGGAACUGCACAAGACAAGACCACAGCACACAUACAGAGAGGAGAAAGAGAUGUCACGUACUUGUAUCAACGCAGUGGCCGUCGAGUCUCUCUCUCUCUCUGUGCGUGUGUGUGGUUUACCUUGGCGAUGACUUCUAUGACUGCGAUGAAGAUGACCAGCUUGUGGUAGCCCAUCGUCCUGCUCUCUAUCGCCAGCCAGUCGUGCGAAAACCACUUCGGACCUGCACCAUAACGACAGCAACACACCGUGGCCAUGUCUGUCUGUCUGUGAGUCCCCGUCUCUCUCUCUCUGUCCCUCACCCCAGUAGAAGAUGUACACGAUGUCUUGCAGAAUGCUCAGGGCGAUGAUCACCGACAGCGACAGAUUCUCACGCUGACCAACCACCACACACACAGGCAGGACACCACCACACAUAGAACCCACAGAUCACAGAGAUCUCCCUCCCUCUCCUCUCCUAUGUCGUGUUGCCCACCUGUUUUCUGCCCUUGGGUAUCUCAUCGUAGAAGGCUAUCAGCAUCCCAAACAGCACCACAUUGUAGUCGGGCCGCGCGAAGCACCCGAGGGCUCCCAGCAGUGCCAGGAUGUAAAACGCGCCUUUGAACGUCCCGCGUCGGAAAUCCAACCCACCCUCCAUCACGGCAAGCCGCUUGACACCACGAAGAGGCCAGAUUUCGCCG